GAGAGAGAGAGAGAGAAAGAAACCCUGUGUUCUUUUUCAACUAAUGUCUUAUAUCAAAAAGUGUAGAGCUAAAAGAAACAGACUCAUUUAAAUGUGGAAAGUUUAACGUGGACUAGACCUAGAAAAAUAAUCUAUGUAUAUUGACGCGGGAAAACGCUUUUGUAGCAUCUCGCCAAGAAGUCAGUACACUAUCGCAAUCUUGUUGACGAAAUGUCAAGGAUAAAUGUUUAGGUUUAGUGGUCUCACUAAACCUAAUUUUGGCAGUCGGCCCGAGACAUAUUUAUAAAUAAUAAAAUAGCUCCGCUAGGGAACCAUUGAGUACAUCUUGGUCUUUUCCACGGGUUUUUCAAUCUCAAUUGAAAUUUAUCUCGCGGAGAGUCGUUAAUGAAAGUGGAAAUUAAAAUCUAAAAAUGCGAAUUUAAUUUGCGGACGUUAUUUAUACAAGUGUUUACGAGUUUGGAAUCGAAUUAAAAAACGCUGAUGAACUGCCUUUCGUCCUGCGAUUUUCGGAAACGGAUAUUUCGAUGCGAAUCAUCGAGGAUGUUAGAAAAGAUUCUUCCACCGAUGUCUACAUUGGCACAUCUCUAGCAGCUUUAUCUUACCACAAUCAAACAUAAUGCUGAUCACGUAGCAUAAAUUGGACCAUAUAUAGAAACCAAAUACUUAGAUACAAAUUUCCCAAUAGAUCAUGUAUGGCAAAGUGUAGGAAAUUUAAUCAGAAUAUUUAGGAUAUUUAUUAUUCAGUGCACAUCUUUCAUCUUAAUAUUUUCUUCUGCAUCAAGAAAUACUGUAUCCUUCGCAGCAGAAAGACCAAAAACUUCAUUGAUUAACCUUCAUCCAGUGAAGAUGACCAGUAGACUCGAGGAAACAGAGCAGAAAUGGAUCUGCGAGUACUGCACUUACGAAAACUGGCCCUCUUCUUUAAAAUGCACUAUGUGCAGGGGCGCUAAACCUCUUCUAGGUGAAGACAUCUACCGUCUUCGGGAUCCUAGCCCUCAAAGAGGUUCCUCCAAUGUUGCUUCCGGUCCUGUGUCCCAGAUAAGCCCUACGGACAACUAUAUCUCGCAAAAUUAUAGUCAGAAUUUACCUUCUGCGGGAAAAUGGGCCUGUAGCAUGUGCACUUAUCUCAACUAUCAGAAUACAACGCGUUGCGUUCAGUGCAGCAAUCGCAAGCCAGUCAAUCAAUCCGUCAAUUCGUUAGCCUCGAAUCUGCAUGAACAUUUAGCGCCACUACGAUUGGCCGACGGGCCACCAAACUCGGGAUCAAAUUCCCAGUUGAAUCCUUCGCCAAUCAAUCUCCAUCCAGAAAAGUUGUAUAAUAUGCAUCCAGAAAAGUGGUCCUGCCAUGUGUGUACUUAUGAGAACUGGCCCAAAGCGACUAAAUGCAUCAUGUGUGGUCAUCCAAAGGAGAAGGAUAGGAGGGAUAAGGGUACACAAGGAAAUGUGGGAGUGAUCUUACCGAGUCCCGAAAGGGAACAUAGUCAACGAAGCCUGCCGUCACCCCCGCUGCACGCAUCCUAUAUUCAUCAAACGCAGAGGGAGGAUAAUUUAGCGAUAGGAAGGAAAGGUUCACAUAGGUAUGCGGAUAGUCGAAAUGACAGUCUGUCAACCCCUCAAUCCCCGAAUAACUGUGAUUACGAGCGCCGAUUGAAGCAACUGAGACGUCACACCGAUUGGUGUUGGCUCAAUGCUUGUCUCGGUAUUGUCGAGGGUGACAAUACUCCCGUCGAAGCUUACCUGGCAAGCGGUGGCGAUCCUGCUCGCCAAUUGACGCAUUCUGAGGUCUUGCUCCUCAAUAGAAGCAGCGCGUUUGACGUCGGGCACACCUUAGUGCAUUUGGCUAUUAGGUUUCAAAGAGAAGAUAUUUUAGCAACAUUGUUGUCGCAAAUCGAGGGUUCGGGUUCGGGCGUGAAAAGGGUACCGAGCUACGUCGCACCAGAUCUUGCGGUGCAGAUUCGCCGACAUGUCACCAAUAGUAUACGCUUACGCAAAGGUUCCUUCCCCUGUUAUUUUGUCACCGAUAUGGCCACCUUCGCGCUGCCAGCCGAGGUUGAAGACUUACCGAGUAUCGUGCAAGAGCAGAUGCUGGAGGAAUUGUUAGAUAAGGAAGCUCAACAGCAAUUAGAAGGUGGUGGAGGUGAACCACCAGCCCUAAAUUGGUCCUUAGAAAUUACUGAACGAUUAGGCAGUCGUUUACACGCACUCUGGAAUCGAUCGGCCGGAGACUGCCUCCUAGACUCCGCCAUGCAGGCAACCUGGGGUGUUUUCGAUAGGGACAACGCCCUGAGAAGGGCGCUCGCUGACACCCUGCAACAAGCCGGACAAUUCUUUUAUCCUCGUUGGAGAGAAUACGAAGCCUCGCAGGCAGCUAGAAUGUUAGAUUUUACUUUAGAAGAGACACAAUGGCAAGAAGACUGGGAAAAUUUGUUGGCAACGGCCGCUCAACCUGGAAGUGCGUUAGAACAACUGCAUGUAUUUGCUCUUGCUCAUAUUUUAAGACGACCCAUUAUUGUCUAUGGAGUUAAAUAUGUUAAGAGCUUUCGUGGAGAAGAUAUAGGCUAUGCGAGAUUUGAGGGCGUCUAUCUUCCGUUGCUCUGGGAACCUUCAUUCUGCAUCCGUUCGCCGAUCGCUUUAGGUUACACUCGCGGCCACUUCACGGCAUUAGUACCAAUUGAGCCAUACACCUCGUCCAGAAUACCGCCCCUAGCGUCCCAUGGGGUAGUAAGUAGUAAUAACAGCUCGCUCGAACAACUGCAGAUCCAGAUGCAAACCACCUUCAUGCCGCUAAUGGAUCGCGAGCAUAAACUCUUACCGAUACACUUUCUCACGGCGGACGAGAUUGGCCGCGAGGAAUCCAUCUACAAGGAGUGGUUGGACGUGUGCAGGACCGAAGGUGGAAUUCUCGUCGCGCACCAAAAGCUUCACAAAAGACCAUUACUUGUUGCGCAGAUGUUGGAGGAAUGGUUGAAUCAUUAUCGUAGAUUAGCUCAAACCAACGAAGCACCCUUCUCAAGGCCACCCACUCUGCAAGAUUAUAGCAGUGAUGGUGAUACCGAAGAUGAAUAGUAUGGUAAUCCUAAGAGAGAAGUAUUGCGACUGACAUGAGAAGCAUCUCCGUUCUCACAAGUUUACUCUCGGCUGAAAAUUAUGAAAUAGCUAGAAUUAUAUAAAAUGUAAACUAUAAUACACGUGAAUUCUGUACUUUAUGGAUAACUUGAUACAGAAAAACUACUACGUCCAUACAUAUUCACUGGCAAUGUACUAUUUAAAAAAGUUGAAAGCUCUAUUAUAUCGCUAUUAGUCGCCGUACGAGUAAAAUUAUGUGAAAUUUGAAUCCAGAUUUAUGAACUAUCCUGAAUAUGCUUAAAACCAAUACUUAAUUAUUCAAGAAUUAAUUAAUUAUUGAUAUAAUUGUAAUAAAUUUGAAUUAAUAUGGAAUUAAAAUAAUUAAUUAAUUAUUGAACUAUUGCCAUACAUUAUUCAAAAAUCCAUUUAUAAUUAAAUUACCAUAAACUUGCCACACAUUUUCAAUUAUAAAGUAAUAAAAUAAUGCAAAUGUGGAAAAACUUUUUUUGUUGAAAUUCUUUUUAUCUAAAAUUAUUUUUUUUUCUAUAUAUGCUUAAAUAACACUACUCAAGAAAAUUAAUGCAAUAAUUAUUUUACCAGAAUGGAAUGUUAAAAGAAAUUACAGAUUUAAUUUCUUGAGGUGAAAGAAAAAAAUGUUGAAUAUGUUAUAUAUUAGCAUAAAAGUCUUUAAACAAUACAUUAUAUGUAUAAGUGUUGUAUAAUCCAUUGCCAGUGACAGUGAGCGAAAGUGGAAAACAUUAUCGUUUGUUAUACAUUAUCGAGCCGUUUUGCAUAAUAGAAAUUUAAUUGUUAGGCUAUUGAAAAUAACAUUUUUUCACAGAUAGUUUGUAAAAAUGUAAUCUCGAACGAGAGAAAAAAUUUAAAACUUUCUCACGAAAUUGCAGAAUUUUGCGAAAACAUUCGGAUGAAUAAAUUUUCGAACGAUUUUUUGACGCGUGUUCCAUUAUAAUCGAAUUCCUCUAUUUUAAAAUAUCAGUUAGAUUAAGCUUUCCCGUUACUCUGGAACUGCUUCUUAAUUCCCAUUUUAUUCUGAUGGCACACAUGCAAAGUGAAUGUGUUGCAUUCUUUCUUUUUCAUUUGUUUUCUCAUUUUACAUAUAGUUACGUAAUCAUGUGACAAAUGUAGUAGAAGAACAGCGCACGAAUUCCAGUUUACUGAAGUAUAGCUAAUUCAGAAUAGCGGGAGACAGAAUAGAGGAGUUCCACUGCAUAAUAACGAAUAAAAUAAUACAGGGUGUUGAUUUUUUAAUUUCUUUUUUCUUACUAAAAAAAAAAAACUAUUUAGGCACGAGAAAUUUUUGAGUCAUUAACUUUUGAAUAUUAUAUAAUAAUCAUUUCAAAAUUAUAUUAAUACAUGUCUUAAAUUUUGAAUUGGAGAUAAUGAGAUUUUCGUGAAUUAGAUUAGAUAGAUGCAGCUAGUUGAUAAAAUCUCAAUCUUCUUACUUUUGGAGUAGAUUUUUCUGCAAUAAAAAUACUUAAGCAUAAAUUUUGAAUUAACUAAAUAUUGAAUUAAAUAUAAGUAUUUCUUCAGUAUAACUUUUUUUAGUCAAAAAAUAUAUUACUGAGGAUCGAUACGGGACACCCUGUACAAUCACGCGAAUUCCGAUACACUCGAGAUAAGAUCUUCGAAGAUAGUAAUUUAGAAAAGUCAACAAAUUCUGUGUAUAAUCAUUUUAAUUUGUUAUUAUAAUUCGCGGAAUUGCGUUAAAUAGUUCAAGCAGCUUAACACACACGAACAACGAUCUGUCCUCUUUUUUAAUGAUCAAGAUCGCGCGAUUAUCCAGAGCGUUUAUCUCCAAUGGUAUGUUGAUAAGAAAAUAAUAAGUAAUGGACUUCAAAAUUUGUGCUUUGUGCUCUGUGAAGAAAAAGAUGUAGUUUUAUUUUUAUGCGAAGAAUAUAAUAUAUUAUUAUUUAAUAAUGAUAAUAAUGAUGAUGACGAUAUAUUAAAUUCUCCGCAUAAGUGUGGUUCACAAUUGUGUUAAAUAUUAUAGGUAACACUAUGCGAACUUUUAUAAAAAGCGUUGAGGAAAAAAUUAAAGAGAGACAAAAGUAGCACGUAUGUUUAAGCGUUAAGAUUAUUAUCGAACACCCGAUACACGCAUUCACUCACUCAUUCAUACAUUUCACAUCACAAUCUAAUGAACGAAUGAGCGAUUGUAACAAAUCUUUAAUCAAAAAAGUACAAAAGAUAUCGCUAGAGACGUUUCUUUGGAAACGCUCUUCUUUGUUUAUUCAAUAUAAUAAUGAUAGUCUUUGUUUCUUAUUAAUUAAUUCUGAUAACAACAACAACAACGUAGUGUCUAGUCUUUUUGCAUAUAUAUAGCACCAACAUCGCGUUCUCUUUCCUUCUAAUGAUGAAUUAAUUAUUGCGCAAUUAAAAGCCACGUGAUAAAAAUUAGUGAGAAAAAAUCGAAAAAACCCUAACCGGAUCUAGAAAUCGGUAUAAUUCCGUUGAACAUCGAUUUUUAAAUUUUCAAAGUAAAUUUUUAAAUAUGAAGUUUUAUGAAAAAGUAUUAUUAUUAAUUUUUCGACUCAUUUCUAUUAUGAUUUAUCUUUGCAUAAAGUAUUACCUCUUUUUUCCGAUUGUAUCAUGAUUAAUCCCUCCAUAUUCUGUACAUAGAUUGGAUUAGGACAAUAGAAAAAAAAAGAAAAAGGUUUUUUUUUUAUAAAGAUUACGGACUAUAUGUAAAUACAUUAAUUACAUCUAUUUUUUUCAGAAAGAAAAAAAAAUGAAUUAUUUGACGAAGGUUUUUAUUACAAAGCCUUUGACCAGAUUCACGGAAAUUAUGUCGAUUUCCGGAUCCCUAAUUUAAGGGACAACAGAUAUAAGUCAAUUUCACAGCAUCUGCGAAUGCGAAAGCGGAAGAUUUAACGCUAUCAUUGUCACUAUUGGCGUAACAUACAUUGACGCGAUCAUUAUCAUAUUGUUAUCAUUAUUAUUCCAUUAUUAAUAUAUAUAUAAAGAGUAAAACAAGUCCGUGUUUUAUGAAGCUCGUUUUAAAGACGAAAUGUCGCAUCAAUAGAGUAAACCCCACAAACUAUGGACUUAUAGGCCACAUUCUUAUUUUAAAAAUUCUUUUUUCUCUUUGUCACAAAAAUGCGAUAAUGGUAGCUUCUGUGUGAAAAACAAGUAGCGAGCUUUUUUCUCGUUAAUCUCUUCGGUAUUAAUUAUUAUUAAUUAUACAUUAGAGCUAUAUUUAGCAUAUAUUAUAUUUUCAAAUAUAAAUAAUAAUCUUAUAAUCUAAUUUCUAAUUUUUGAAGAACAGAAAUUUAUUAAUUAUUUCUCAAUAUAAUUUAAUAUAGAAUACACUAUUUAGUUAUUAUUAAUAAUAAUUGAUAUCGAAAAAGGUAAUUUUGAGAUUAACUUUCCAUUAAUUCUGAGAUUAAUUCUUGACGGGUACAGCGAAUCAUGUCGAAAAAAUAAGAAUAAAAUGUUAAAAAAAAAAAAAAAUUAA